UAAAGCAACCCUGAAGUUUAUGCUAAUUAUGAAAUAAUAUUUAUGAUGAAGAUAAAAGGCCUGGCUACCAGCACUGUUUAUUCCGCCAUCAUAUGUUGGAUGUUGUCACACGAUAGUACGUGCAUUGAUGCAUCGAUGACCUCAAAGUAGCACAUAAAAAGCGACGAAAGAUUCAGUUSAAGGACAAUGGAAGCCUCCAUUGCUUCAGUUACUAGCGAUGAAGGUGCCGUAUCCAACAAAUGUGUUGAUUGUGAAAAAUCUUUUAAAAGUUGUCAUUGUAAGUCUUGUUCAAAAUGUGGAUCCCUGUUCAGAAGGUAUUGGGGAACAAACCUAGUUAAAGGAAGGUCCCAUUGCCGUCUUUGCCGUGCUGCUGUAUGUAUGACUUGUCAUGUGAUCGUGAACAACACAUCCAAAAUUUGUACAAGAUGCCAUAUUAGGCAGAAAGAAGAAGAAAUCAGYACSCAAAAGGCAUURGCUGCUAUCGAUAAAGCAAAAAGUGGUCGAUCAGAUUCAGCAGCCUCAAACCUGUCCUCUGAUUAUGUGUUUAUCAAUGUGGCUGGUGCCUCAACCAUGACACCAGACAAGAAGAAAGAAUCUCUUUUUGAAUCUGCUAAAAAAGGUGAUCACUAUGCCUUGGUUACAUUAUUAAAUGCGAGUGCUGAUCCUAAUGCUAAAGAUUCCAGCAGGAAUACACCGUUGUUUUAUGCAGCGGAAGGUGGCCAUCUUCCUUGUGUGGCGUUGCUGAUGGAAAGGGGAGCUAACAUCACUUUGGUCAAUGAUGCAUCUUGGACGCCACUACAUGCAGUUGCUUGGAAGGGUUCAACAGAUGACCAUGUUGAAUGUGCAGAACUUCUCAUCCAGAUGGGUGCAGAUGUUUUUGCUUUAACCAGUACUUCAGAAACUGCAGCAGAUUUAGCAGAAAGAUGUGGCGGUAAACUAGACUUGGUUCAGCUUCUGAGAGCUGCUGAAGUUGAUGCUGCUGUUAAACAUCUUAAGAAAAGAUUAAAAAAUGUAUCAGCUAAAGACCACCUUGUGAAGUUGUACAUUGAAGCUCUUAUUAGACACAUAACUAAAGAAUAUGACAGCAGCUGGCUUGAUUCAGAUGAUGACAGUUCUACAUCCAGCGCCACACACAGUCCCGCUCUUCCUCGGGCAGACAAGCCAGGAGGUGAAGGUAGCACAGGCAAACAAACCCCUGAGAGACAAAGAAAACAAAAUACAUUAGAUAGAGAAAAACUUCGCCAGAGCCAAAAGGAAAAAGAAGACUUAGAACAGAGAUGUAAACGAUUGAUGCAAGCCAUAGCAGUAGCAGCAGAGAAUAAUGAAAAAGAAGUGACCAAACUAAGACAAGAAGUUGAAGAUCUCAAAGAAAGAAAUGAAAUAACACUAAAAAGGGUGGAAGCAACAUAUGGUAACAAGAUUUCAAUGAUUCGACAAGAAGCUGAGACAUCAAUACAUGAAGCCAAUGAACAAGUCAAGCAAGUAAUGCGAGACAGAAGUGAUCUUUUACAUUUACAGAACACAUACAGACUAACUUGGGUACCAGAUGAGCUGGUAGCACAGUGCACAAAUCCAAAGUGUAGAGCACCAUUUACACAGACAAGACGUAGACAUCAUUGUCGCUGUUGUGGAAGAGUAUUUUGUCACAAUUGCACAGAUCAGUCCAUAAUCCUCACAGUCUUUGGUUAUCAUCAACCUGUGCGGGUGUGCAAUCCCUGCUAUGCUCUUGUAGACGAGAUGUUUUYAGAUGAACAAGAUAGAUUGUAGCCCAUCUUGCAACAAUGCGCCAUACUUARCUUAAAGUUCCUGUUUUUUCAUGGGAUGUUUUAGGGGAUGUUAUUGUGUAUUUUUCAUAUAACUUCCAAUGUCUUCUUUAAUUUGAAUCAAUGUUGUAAGUUUUCAAGAUAAUUUUCACUUGCAUAUGGUGUUGGAGAUUAACCAACCAUCUUGUAUAUAGAGACAAUAUUGUAAUGUAAUGUGUAUGCAUAGC